GUUAAAAAGUGCUGCUGGCCGAGCGGGAGCCCCAGUGAGAGGCGGGGAGGCUGAGCGGCGGGGAGAAGGGGCCGGGGAGCCGCGCUGCAGCCUCGCCGCCGACCCGGGCCAAGUUCGGCCCCGUCGUCCCUGCUUGCCGGUAUCAGCGGACCGAGUCCGAUUCAAGCUUAGUCCCGGGUCGGCGGUGUCUGCCAAGCCUGGAGCUCCCCCGCGUGGCGACCGGGGCCAGGACCGGGGCCGGGAGUCGGAGCGGGACCGGGAGCGGGACCGGAGCUGGGAGUGGGGCCGGAGCCGGGAGCCCAACCGGGGUCAGGGCCGAGGGCUGCGCCGGCCGCUGGGACGGGCUUCCUAGCACUUUCCGCUUAGAAAUCUAGCACAAGAAUUCUGCCGUGCCAUCAGAUACAAGCAUGCGUCGUUAAACUUGACACUGCAGCACCGUUUUUAAUUAUUUUUUAAAAAGCCCAAACUUCUUUCCGCUGUUUUUACUGAGUCUAGUUUUGCUGCAAGGUUUUCUCCUAGAGUAAUGAAAAAGGGAGAAUAGAUUCUUCCAGAGCGUAGUUUAGUAAGACUUUGGUGACCUGAGUCAUUCUCUUGGGCUACGGCUCAUCUCCAGCCCACAAUCAUCCCUGGAGGCUCUGGGCGUUGCAGAUCUUUGGUGUGACUCAGUGGAGCCACGGAUGCUGUGGCAAUUGCAAGGCCAGGUCAUGGCCCUUGUCAGAAGAAGAGGAGCUCCAUGAAGGAGGGCUGUGUUGUCCUGGCAGGCAGAUUGGUUAAACACAGCAAAGGCUGUUAGCACUGGCAGUGAGUGGGGGUCUAAAAAUACGUCUUUCCAUUGAGCAUUUACAGUGGAGGCAUCUAGCUGCAGGACAGAACGGCACUGUGGAAAUGAUUUAAAAGGUUUUUGCCACCAGCCAUAUGCUGCCAUGCCACUAUCAGCAGUUAGUAUUGAUAGAGUGCAAUAUUAAGUACAGUGCAAAAUAGCCUGAAAUUACUCAAACCAGUCUCCACUGAAGUAUAAAAUAUGUGUGCAGGCUCUGUACUAGAGUGGCUGAGGACCAUGGCCAUAUAGACCUCUCUGUUUGUAGGUGUAGGGACAAAAGCUUCCAACCAGGGUGCUGUGUUUGACCUUUUGGUCAGAGCCCUGCAGAGAAACCUGCAUCAUCUGACUACAACCCUUGCCUCAAUAAGCUCCAGAGUCUAUGUUUUAGGUCAGCCUGCACCCUCCAUGAGGAGCAAAAGUGUGUCUUUGGCCCCUCUAUACCACUUAUAUUAGCAACAUACAGGUCACAAAGCAUGGAGCAAAGCAAAAAAAAAAAAUCACCAAGACAGCAAGUACAAAAAGUCACAAGGGUUGAUAGCAUCAACUCUUUCCCCAAGUUUUUCAGUAUCCUUCUUUCGACACAUCCAACAAGUCAGUGUGCUUUUAUUUGGAUACACUGCUGCUUCUUGCAGCUUCAAUUUAUAUCCAGCUACUGUCAUUUCAAAAUCCCAGCUUUUGAAUCACACAUGAAAGUGCAGAGCUUAGAAAGUUUUCCUCAAACACCCCAUGUUUUCUUUACUUUUUACUAGCCCCAGUGAGAGUACUGAAGGAGCACUAUGUCAUGAUCAGUACUUUAUGCCUGAGAUCAAAGUCACAGUAUAGUAAUAUGGACACGAUUUUGCCCAUCUAUUUCUAUAUUUUGUUUUUUUUAAUGGCUUGGUAACGUACUCAUGCUGUUGAGUUACAUUAAUGGGGACUGAAAAUGGGUUAUCGGUUUAAUGAAUGAAAAAUCAAAUACCAAAAAGACCAGCCUCCAGCCAGCUAGGUCUCAAAUAUCAAUCUUUGGCCUUAAAUAAUUCUGCUAUUGUUAUUCUCAUUCCACAGUCAGACCCUGUUCGCAUUAGUGAAGAUUGACACCAUUCCUCUAGUACAAACCUGCCCUCUCUCAGCCCUGGAAGGCUUAUCCCAAAAUAGGUGAACUCUCAGACUGAGCAGAGCUUUCCUAGCAGUUUUUGUAUUACACUCCCUGCAGAGUGUAUAAGUCAGGGUUUGGUCUAAAAUGUCCUUUAUCACCCUGUUGAAUCCCUGCUGUGUUUAGCAGCUGGCACAACUUAAAAUAGCCUUCAGGCUACUCCAAAUAUUGCUGAAUUUCCUGGGAGCAUAGCACUAGAAGGAAUCAUUUGGGGCAUUGACUUCAGCUCUCCCAUAAUCACAAGUAUCCACAUAAUAGACAUCUAGUUUUCAGGAGUGCACAUCACACUUCACCUUUCACUACAUCCUGUAACCCACCUGAGACUUCAAGUAGAAGAGGCAGAAGCAGCUUAAAAAUGGCAAAACCUUGCGAUAAAGGAAAGGAAGAUAUCAAAGAUAUGGUCUGGCAGAAACUGACAGAGGACUAGUAGUAUGUAAGGAUGCCUUAAAGCCACCCUUAACCCUACCUUUGCUCCCCAAACUGCCCUUAAGCCACAACUUGGAAUGAGUGAGGCUCCCCUGUGCUGCUUUUGUGCAGUGCUAACUUUGUAAUGCUUUCUAGAAGUGCAAAGCACUGGCAAAAAGACUUGUGGCACUCAUUUUAAAGCCCGAAUGCUUUGUAACUGUGUAGGAAUUUGAACCAUAUGGUUUCUGCUUGAUCAUGGAACGUCAUACUGAUGAGCUGAAAAACACAUGAUAAAAUGGCUUCAUUCAAUAUUGGCCAGCAGCACAAUCACUGUGGUAAUGUACUGCCCCAAGUCUUGUGUCCUUGUCAAUGUUAUCCCCGUAUAAAACAUAGGCUCGUGUGACACAUGAAUACUGUUCUACUCUCUUUAUAAUACAUGAAAAUCAUAACUAAGAAACGCAUUGUCUCAAAUUGUACUUCUGCUUUUCCUACUUUCUUGCUACAUUUCCACUAAAAAAAACACCACAGGCACAUUUAAUAUCUUGAUUAUUUUAAGGGCCCACUGAAAAGAACUGUGAUCCUGUCAGUCAUUCUGGUUUCUUUUAAUGAAUAAUUAAAAAUAUGAAUGUAAAAUAUAUUCAGAAAUUGUUUUCAGGAGCUUGUCAGCUUUUCUAUUGCUUACUAGUUAGAUCGACAAUUACAUGUUAUUGUUCACCUAAUAAGCUUCUGUGCAAUACUGGACACAGUGGCAAAGCUUCAUGUUGUUUCCUAAAAAGGGAGUAAUCCAAAAGCAAUAAUAAUUCAUUUUCUUCAGAAGUCUAGCUGUUUGCAAAAGUCUGGAAAAGUUUAUGUCCUUAUUUUCUAGUACAUCUACAGUUCUGUGCUGCAGUUGAGCCAAAACAAGCAUAUCAAAAUACACAUUUUAGAGCACUGAUAAGAACAUGUCCAAGAAAAUAGUCUCAUCAGGGCACACACAGCUGUUGUUAGAAUAAGUCAUAAUAAGGGAAUGAUCUUCAAAGUUCCUCAUGUAUGAAAUAUGAGAUACAGCAACCAGAAGGUCUUAGGAAAAUACUAAAAAAAAAAAGGUGUUGGCAGUAUCUGUAACACGCAGGGACCCUGCCCCCGCUCCCAUUUCCCCCUCUCCCUCACGCACUUGCAAUAUGUUGUAAGGGUGCAAGUGUGAAAAAGUACACAUGAAGUUACUUGUAGGCAGUACAAAGACACUUGUCAUUUUUUUUUGGUGUGCAUAUUUAUUUUUGAUGGCCAAGCAUUAUAAUUUGGUUAUUAUCAUGGAAUGAACUGGGCAGUAGGUUUUGCACCCAGCACAUUAUUGUUUGUCCUGAAGUCUUGCAAAGGUAAUAGAAAUUAGGAUAUCACUUCAAGUGGAUCAUAGGGAUCUAAUUUUCCCUGUAAUCUAAAUUUAGUUUAUGUCCUUGAUACUGUGUUAUACUGAAAGCUCUCCUCAUACCCAUCCUAAUAUAGCAAUAUACUGACAGUAGCUAUUCAUUCAAGCAAAACCUUACAAAAAUCUAUUUUAUAUAAGAAUAUGAAUAGUUUCUGACUUUUUGACUUCUAUAACAAAGCAAAAGUUCUUACACUGCAUCGUUUCUUGGGAGGGGAGGGAGUGGGUUGGUAGGUUUUGUUUGGAAUAUUCUGACAGGUAUAUAAUAUUUCACACGCUGUAUGGGCUUGACUUGUCUUUCCUAUUUGUUUAACGCUGUGGGAUCAGCAGAGACAAACAUCAUUUGUCAGAUGUCUGCAAAUUAUAGUUCUCAUUCAUGUCACUGUUGUAGUGCCUGCUACCUUCUACUCUUCUGGCUGCUUUGCAGUACACCUCAAAACUCUAAGCUUCGUGGUCCCAUGCCUAAAUGCAUAAAUACAGAGGAGAGAAAAUGUUGUUUUGUUUUAUUUUGUUUUUAAUGUAUCAGGAAUAUGUACUGCAGGAACCACAGCAACACGUAAUCCUGUUAAACCCAACUUCAUCACUUUCCAAAAAGGAGUGGGACACAUGUGUGGACACAAACAGCAGACCAUGAAUGAGAAUGCCCCCAGGGUCCCCAUGACUGCUUUUGGAAAGUCCAUAAUACCUCAGAUUCUCAGAGUUCAAAGCAGUUUCUAACUGUAACAGAUAAGGAUCCCCACAUGGAAAGCAGAUUAUCUCCACAUCAGCCUAUUGCUGGGAUCUUUGACCAUUCCUCUAGAUGCUGGCCACCUUCAGAGAAGAAAUACCAGACUAGAUAUGCCAUGUGUUUGUUUGCAAAAUGGCUCUAAUUCUAUGUUCCAUAUAUUUUUUUUCCAGUGCUUCAGGAGUUCAUAUUCUGACUCAGGUUGAACUCUGCUGUAAUAAAAUAGCUGUGGUCUGGAAGUGUUAUGAUGCCCAGUCUCGUAAUGCACCAGCUAGAAGAGACAGAAGAGCACAGAUGUAGCAAAUGCCACUGAACAGUAUGCUCUCCAGUUACCUGGAGGCGUUAUACUGUACAAAAGCAUAAUGUCGUCAAGCACUUGGGUGAUUCAGCUCCUCCCCAUCCUCAGUACUACCUUGUAAGAGGCAUAAUUGAGCUCUUUUUUCUGUUAUUUUCAGAUUUUUCUUCUAUGUGUUUUUGUAAAGUCAAAUAGGAAAAUUAAUAACGGCACAUGAGUGCACCACAGAAUAAUGCUACUUAAGGACUGCUGUGCCCUUGGCUCCAAUUAACCUUAGUGUUUGUUAUAGACUGUAACCAGCUGCAUCAAUCACAGUUACUUUGGUUGAGGAAAAAAAAAUCCAUCAUUAUUGUAGCCCCACACAGAUACAUACAUUAUUUUCCUAAAGUAUCAUAAUCCUCCACUUACCAAAGAGGGCCUGUGAUAGCUGGGAGGAGAUGAAACUCAAUUUUCCUUCACAUCUGCUUGAUCCUUCAAUAUAAUCAGCACCGCAUGCACCAGGCAAGGUCACAAACUAUGGCAAUGUUCAGCACAACAUGCAAUCUCCCCAUUCUAGUGCCAUUAACUGCUCAGCAACCUCUCCUUCUCCAUCCCACUGUUUUUAAUCUGCUAGAGCACUUCAGAGCAGGAAUGGGAGAGCUUGCCUCACAGACCCAUUUCUAAGAUUGCUGUCACAGACCACACUUUGAGAAUGAGUCAGCACUGAGCCACUACCCCAUUUGUUUCAGUGGAAUAGGAAAAAGAACAUCACAGUGGGAUUUAAUUUCAGGUCUGCUGGCCACCACCUGCAUCUAGGAAGAGAUUCUGAUGGCACCAGCAUUACAGGCAUUGCAGUGUCUCCUCUGAAUAAUUUCCUAACACUUUGUCUACUUGUAGCUUAUCUAGAGACAAUGAGAUCCAAAUCAGAGUUUAUUUUCUUCCUUUCAUUUUUAAAAGCUCAGAGAGUCAGUGGUGCCAUUGCCCUCUGUUACAAAGGCAGUUAUUUGCAGAAUUACAUGGUCAACCAUGCACUAUGAUUUUCUGAGAGACUAUUUGUUUAACCUGCAUUGCUUUGGCUGAAUUUUUGAUCAAAGCCUGUAGUCUGCUUGAACUAGAAAUUAAAGCAGAGCAUAUAUCACAUGAGACAAGGGUGGGAGGUUCUGGUGAACCUCACCUAAUAUUAUUUCAUAUGUCUCUUGUUGUGCUGUAGUUGCUUCCUGCAUGAAAGCAGACCUUUCCCAAGCUACUUCCCUGCAGAUAUGAUGGGUCAGAUGCACUCCCCUUGGCUUUCCUCACCACCUCUCUCCCUGACACUCAUCAGGCUCUCCUUCCACAGACCUCUCUCCCUCCCCAGCUCACAAGAGAGCACCUCAGUACUGCUCCGCCUUACUGUCCCUGUGUGAAGUUCUGCCACAUGCAAGGGCUAGAAUGUCCAAAAGUUAACUGAUUACUUUGGAGUUGUUCUUCACUCAAACGAGGCAAGGUAAAAGCAAGAAGAAGCAUUAUGAAAUAAGCAGGACAGGCCACAGGUGCACAUAAGUGAAAAAGAUAACCAAGUUCCUGUCUUCUGAGUAGCAACAGCAGCUCUAAAUAGCUCGCUCUGUAUGUAUCCCCCUGAUGAGCUGUCAGAUACUUCACAGCCCUCUGGCUAAGGAUUUGGUUCUUAUGCAAACCUAUGACUUCAGAUUGCAUUCAUGCAAGAGGAUCUGGGAUUUUUAUAGAACCAGAUGCAUCUUUUGGCAGGAGGUAUAUAUGUGUGUGGUGUGUGUGUGGAGGGGGGUACAUUGAAAUUCAAAUUCUCCUCUCCAUUCUCUUUCCCUGCAAAGGAAAUUGUUAACUCAGGGAAGACAUUUGUGUCACCAGACCAUCGUUUGUUUUUCCCAGUUUCAGAAAUGCUAUUGUACUUUGGGAAUGACAAGGUGCAAUGGUCUCCAGCAUAGGUGAUAAACAGAGUCACCCCACUUGGGGCUGGCCAACCCAUUGUAGGACAAAAUGUUCUUUGCCAUUUGGCAGAGCAAAAAUCUCAGUACAGAGCUUCUUCCCACAUGGAGCCUUUCACCACACUUACAGAUGUGUCACUGGAGAAGAACUAAGUCUGCCCUGAACUUGCAGAACAAUCAGGAGAGUUCAUUCAGCUUCUUCUCUACCUGGGUCGAACACAAAAUGGCUGUUUGGAAGGAAUAAGUUAAAUAAACUUGCUGGAAACAUACAACCAUUUAUUUCAAUGAGUGAGAGAUAAGAUGCAGAAAUCCAUUCCUCACCUGUGAUCCCUACUGUUUUUAUGUGCACUGAAGAAGUACUUCUGUCAGCGUGAUACCAGCCCAUCAUUUCUUAGAUAAUGAUCAACAUUUUCUCUGUUAUGUUCUGCUUCUUAGACCUCAAUUCAGCAAAGCAUUCAGGUACAUCUUUAUCUUUAAGUCCGCUAGCAGCCUUCUGUAAAAGCAUGCAGUUCGAAAGUGCUCUGCUAAAUUGGGUCCUUCACAGAACUAAAGAGAAAGCUCACAUGAGAGCAAAGCAGCCUUGCUUUCCUUCCAGUCACACUUGUUUUAUUCGCUUGCUCUUGCUAUGUACAGCUGUGGAUUGCUGGCACUGUGCUUGGAUGGAAUUAGAGGGAUUCACAGCUUCAAAGAUGAGAUGUGCCAGCCUUUAAAACAAGCUUGUAUAAGCACAGGAAACAAAAGCAUCCAUGUAAACAAAGGGAGGCAAUACACAUAUUCACACCUGAGCAAACAUACACACUUUUGCAUGCAGCCCUGUAUCAGCAAUUCUUCAACAGUUUAUAUAGCAUUCACUGUAUCUGCAGACAUAGCUCUCAUUUCUGCUAUUGCUUUUCUCUUUGCUUUGUGAUCAGAGAAACACUGAGGUUGAGCCUGCUAGUUUUCCAAUGCACUGUAAAAUGUAUGAAGAGGUUUCAAAAGCUCUGACAGUGUCUCAUCUAUACUGAACUAGCAUUAUAGUUGUGCUCAGGGAGUGGAAUACACUACAAAUAAUUGAAUUCCUAUUUUAUUUUGUGUUACCCAUGUGUUUUUUGAGGUUUUGUACUUUUUGCCUGUAAGCAAGGAUUUGUCAGUUGUCUUGCUGAGAUUUUGGUGGGAAGGGGAGAGGUUGCUUGAUUUUUGAAAAGAAAAUGAGAUUUUAAAACACAUCCUCUAAUUCAAAAGAUUCGUAAUGUCCGUGUGUAAUAAUAGAGAUCACAGGAUCAGAAGUAGGAAAAAAUCUUAAUAUUGCAAAUAUUGAGCAUUUCUGAACUGUCUGCCACAAACGAACCACCAGCUGUCUCAAUACUUCAGGGAGAGCAGUUUGCUUCCUUGUAGUCUUUACUACCUCAGCUCCUUUCCUACCUUGCCACUAACUACACCAAGAGUCAGCACCGUGUCCAUGGCUGAUAUAAGAAGAGCUAGAUUUUAUUUCCUGCUUCAUUACAGAGUGGCACAUGCAAGUCACUGUGGAGGUGUUACCAUCUUGGGGGCUACCCAGGGCCACCCUCAGUACCAGAUAAAUACUGAUCCUGGAUGCACAGCCAGAGUUCAUGGACCCACUCAUGUCUGAGCACACUUGGCUGACGGGUGCACUAGUUUGGUGUGAUCUUGCAUUAUUCAGGUUCAUUGUCAUCCCCUUAGAGUUGUAUAGGUUGACCUCAUGUAUGAUCCCAAGUCCCAUUUCCUUCAACGAGAGGUAGAAAUGUUCAGCCCUAAUCACGUUGGCUCAGGCUUGACACACUCUUAUGUAUGACAUUUACAAAGAUCUGAUGUUACUUCAAGACACUUAUGAAAGUCCCUGAGGGAGUUCAUCCCUGGGAGUUAGAUGCCUUCACAGGAUGCAGAGAAGCCAGACGGGUGCCUAAUUCCCAUUAAGUUAACUCGUGCAAGUAUUUUUAUAAGUCCCCCUUGGCACUAAUCCCUCUUGGCUUCCCUUCCCUCUUCUCCUUCUUCCUUCAAUCUUUUAAAUAAAGAUAGCACUCAAAAUAAAGAUCUGUUACAAGGCUCCACUCAGUGCCUAUAAAGUGCUUUUCAAUUCUGGGAGAAGUGCCUAAGUGCACAGUAUUCAGUGAAACUGGAAACAGUGGGGAUUUUUAUGGAGAUGAUGUGCACACUCUUUUCUAUCAGACACAUUCAUCUCAGAUUUCCCUGGUGUCAACAUCGUACAACUAAAAGAGGGUGCUGAAUCCCCAGGGCUCUCCAUGCCUUUUGGCACUACAAUUAAAUCCCUCAAGUCUGAUUCCCAUUUCAUCCAUUUCUGCAUGACUGAAGGAAGAUAUGUUGUUUGAGGUGUAAAAGAACAGGAGAUAUUUUAACUAAAGCAACAUAGCUAAGUCUAAGUUAUACUUUGUUAUCUUCAAAGAGAAGACAUAAUAUAUAAAGCAACUGCAUGACAAACAAAAAACACACAGAAGGACAGUAGGGAAGGGCAGAAGCACACAACCAACAAACCAGUAACUUGGUAACAGGCAGAUAAAACACAACUGAUUUGUUUAUCAGACAAUUCUGUUAACCUCUAAUGCAACAUUUAACCUGUUAUAAUUGAGCUUUCCAUUUUGUUAUUAGACCUUAAUAGCUAAAAUGGCAUCUUGCAGACCAGGUCAGGAAAUACAAGCAAGCGUAGAGGUUCGGGCACAAUCCAGUUCCUUCAUCUAUUCUGCACAGAAUCUGCAUCAGGCCCCACUUUACAAUGUAGCUGGUGUCCUUUUCCUUCAUCCUCUUCUGGCUGUGCUGCACUGGUGAAGAGACACCACUCCUCCACCUUCAGGCCACCUUCCCAUUGCUGUUCACACAGACUCACUCCUGGGAACCCACCCCACUUCCUUUGUGUCAAGGCUGUAUAGGUUUGCUACAGAUCUGCAAGUUACAGUGAGCUUAUUUUGAAUGAAAUUAGUUAAGGCACAGUACAGCAAACAACCUCCUCUCCUGGCAAGGCGUACAGAGGAGUGUCUGGUGACAAAAAGGCUCUUAAACCAACACAGCUGCAACUGAGAGACAACAUGUGGACAAGACAUCGCUCCCCCAUCUGUGCACAUUUGGUUGUGUAAGGUAGAGCUGUGAUGCAGUUUAUGCUCUACUCAUUUAGGCAGGAGCAGGGAAAAUGAAAACAAUCAGACAGGAGAGAGAACUUGAGCCAAUGCUUCCCCUUUGCUACUGGGCCAAAGAAAGGCUGGAGAGGAGGCUUAGAUGUGGUGAUUAGGGCAGUCAGAUAGACGGUCUGGGUGCUAUGAAUAUUACAAUAUGUUACACAGCCUUAGCACAACAAAUUGAGAAGGAUCCAGCUCAGAAAGCCCCACCAGAGUUCAGUGGCUGGAGGUGGGAAGUGGACUUGAAUGCUGUUCCAAUCUGGUGGCCACUUUUUGAUGUCCCAGCUGAGGCUCCUGAGGGGAAUUAGAAAAAGGUUGGUUAAGCUUGUGAAUCAUGCCAAGUGUUAGCUGCUACAUUGCCUGCCUGCAUCAGAUUUGCAUAAUUUUGCCCUUUCUCAAUAGCAGAAGUGUAUGCACCUGGAGGGUUUUGAUGGCAGAAGCAUGAGUGCCUGGGGAAUUCUGGCACUGCCCAGGUCAGCUGGCAGCUGAGAAAAGGUUCAAAGGCUCUAAAUGCUGAGCUUCAGGGCCCAAAUUCUCUGUCCAGGAGAACUGAUGCUAUUGACUAUUUUAUUUCAGUAGUUGGACAAAUAUCACUCCCAUAAUUUGGCAGUUGCUUUCACAGUUCUCAACCCACUUUGUCCUCAAAUGUCACCAAUCCAUUAAAAAUCCCGCAUGAUAGCCAUUCUUACUCCAUUCCUUUCUCCCAUUUUUUUCCUUCACAACAUGUUUACCCGUUUUAAAAGGACCAAUUAAUAAAACUUGUUCCUAGAACUCUGCUGAUUAUGUAAGUUGAAACAGUUAUCAGCCACAUUUGAGAGAAAAAAAAUAUCAAAUUACCUAUGUUGCCAGCUAGUGCCAGAGCAGAUUUGGUGCAACAAAAUAAGUCACUCCAUGGACAUCCUUGUAUCUGUAACAUGAUACCUUUUGUGAGAUAGGGAAGGAAGAAGAAAAGUACCAUUUGCUAAUUGGAAAUGGAUUCCACCCUACACUUCUUGAACUCCGUGCAAGAAAUCCUCUGAAUUUAAAUAGGUAUAAGAAAAGAGCAAAAAACAAUAAAGAAUAAAGUAUUAUUUUCUGGCCAGUAAGAGGCUUUUACUAAAAUAUUAUUGAGUAGUAACAAACAAACAUGAAAGCUACAGAAUUGCACUUGACAUCAAUGUCUUUUAUUUAAAUAAACAGACAUGUUUGAUUAUUUGUAAUCCAGUAUAAUCCACUGUGUAAUGUUAAAUAUUUUAAGAUAAUUUUUCUUCCAUUUGUUCUCAGCAUGGUUGGCCUGAAGCCAAAAUGUUGUUAUUUUUAAAGGCAACACUCCACUAAGCAUUUUGAAUUUUUUUCAUGUUGGCUCUUUUUUAUAGCAUUUUGAAACUGAUUGUGCAUCGCAAAUUCACAAAUGUUAAAAACAACUAUGGCAGCAUAUAUCUCUUGUGUACAUAAACUCCUGGUCUCAUUUCCCAGGGUUCUACUGCAGAAGGGAUUCUACACAGUAGUAGCUAGGAGAAAUAAAACAGACUUGUAAGUAUGGAAAAACAGUUAAAAUCCUGUUUUUAUGCCAAUAAAGCCAAAAUGCAACCAGUUUCUCUCUGCACAUCUGCUAGAGAAAGAGAAGCAGGUGGACUUCUUAAAACACUACAGGGAUGAGGAUGCCACUAGUGUAAGAACUGGGCUGAGCUUUAGCCAGGUCUGGAGAGGAUCUGGGUUGUCUAUGGGCUGAAACCAGUGCCUAGGUUUUACCACACAGUUUUGAAUACACUGUUUAAUGACAUUUUGGAGCCAAAAGAUGGAGAAGAUCAAUCUCUGCAAAAAACUCUUUUCUUCAGUAGAAGGUAACACAGCAUUUUUUCUCUGUUAGCUUUUCAUUCUGUGGGAGAGAGCACACUUUUGCUUCUCCUGGGGAUGCAGCUAGCAGAUAGAGUUUGCCAUAAUUAUUCUGUUCCUCCUGAUCCCAACAGGUAUUUUUCACCCCACCCCACUGUCCUCCCCAUGACAGGCUGCUGCGUCCCCUUCCAUCUGCUGUUCUCAAUCUCAGCACACUUCUGAUCUUGAAUUUAAAUGCCCAGAAUUAACCAUGCCACAUUUGAAAAUCUGGGGCCAGGAUCCAACAUGUAUUAGUUUGGCUUUUCACUCAGGUGGUAUUUUGUCUCAAACAAUGAAAACACGUUGUAAGUGCAGAUUGGCUUUCACUGCAUUCCAGCUCUGGGGUGGCUAGGACACAGGUUGUAUUUCCAAAUACUAUUUGGCAAACAUCAGACUAGAAACAUGCUUUCCUGAAUGAAAAUGGAGAUUCUCCAACAAUCUCUCCUCUCCAGGAGCUGAGGCUUUAAUUAAAAUAUCAAUUAUUGCAAGACUUGUAAUGAAAUUGGCAGUCGGUUGUGCUGAACAUCUCACAUUCCUGCCCUACUUGAACAGGCUUCUAAACAGGUAGCAUUCCUUCUUUCUAAAACUUUCUGCAAUGUAAAAAAUAAGCUGCAUGAGCAGCCCAAUUCUCUUGCAAGAUAUUUGUGUAGACCUAUAACCUCUUUCAGGGAUUUCUUCUUAAUUUGUAUUCAUUCACAACCGGCAGGGAGAAUGAAAAGUGUGGCAGCAAGAAACUCAUUCCAGGAGUACUGCAGCACCCUGCAGCUUAGCAAAGAGAACCUUUCAGACUGUGAAGACUAUUUAAAGGAAGACGGCAUGAGAUUGGAUUCAGUACAGUAAAGUAGGUUAGUUUGAGGACAAGAAAAAAAAAAACAAAAAAACAACAAAAAGUCAUUAUUUAGACCUUCUUGUGUUGCCGUGAUGAGAACUUACCACUGCUUCUGGCUGCUGUUUUGGGCUGGUCAGCCCCACCAAAGUUUCUUAACCCCACUAUCCAAAAGGACUAGCGGCUUUCCAGAAAAGGAAAAGGUUUUGGUAUUGUCUGGAAACAGCAGGCAAGACCUUCAUCGUUCCAAAAGGAGCUGGAUGUGGAAUCAGUUCUUUUUAUUGGAGGAAUACACAGGAACUGACUACCAAUAUGUUGGCAAGCUGCAUUCAGACCAGGAUAAAGGAGAUGGAUCACUUAAGUACAUCCUUUCUGGAGAUGGAGCAGGAGACCUCUUCAUUAUCAAUGAAAACACUGGUGACAUCCAGGCCACAAAGAGACUAGACAGGGAAGAAAAGCCGGUCUACAUACUCCGUGCCCAGGCUAUAAACAGAAGGACUGGAAGACCAGUGGAACCAGAAUCUGAGUUCAUCAUUAAGAUCCAUGAUAUCAAUGACAAUGAGCCAAUGUUUACAAAGGAUGUUUACAAUGCCAGCAUUCCUGAAAUGUCAGAUGUUGGUACCUUUGUUGUGCAAGUCACUGCAACUGAUGCUGAUGAUCCUACAUAUGGAAACAGUGCUAAAGUUGUCUACAGCAUUCUUCAGGGACAACCAUAUUUCUCCGUUGAAUCUGAGACAGGCAUUAUUAAAACUGCUUUGCUAAACAUGGACCGUGAAAACAGGGACCAGUACCAAGUGGUCAUCCAGGCUAAAGACAUGGGAGGCCAGAUGGGCGGAUUAUCGGGAACCACCACCGUGAACAUCACAUUGACUGAUGUAAACGACAAUCCACCUCGCUUCCCCCAGAGCACAUACCAGUUCAGAACUCCCGAGUCUAUGCCACCUGAUUCACCAAUUGGCAGGAUAAAAGCUAAUGAUGCUGAUGUGGAUGAAAAUGCAGAGAUUGAAUACAGCAUCACUGAGGGGGAUGGAUAUGACAUGUUUGGAAUUACCACAGACAAGGACACACAAGAAGGAAUUAUAACUGUCAAAAAGGCAUUGGAUUUUGAAAAUAAAAACCUGUAUAUUCUGAAAGUGGAAGCUACCAAUACUCAUGUGGACCCUCGAUUCCUGUACCUGGGUCCAUUCAAGGACUCGGCUACAGUCAGAAUUCAGGUGGAGGAUGUAGAUGAACCCCCUGUGUUCAGCAGACCAGCAUACAUAAUGGAAGUGAAAGAAGAUGUUCCAAUGAACACUGUAAUAGGAACAGUAACUGCUCAGGAUCCAGAUGCUGCCAAGAAUCCUGUCAAGUACUCUGUAGAUCGACACACUGAUAUGGACAGAGUAUUCAACAUCAAUUCAGGAAAUGGUUCGAUAUUUACCUCAAAACCCCUUGACCGGGAAACACUGCUGUGGCACAACAUUACAGUAAUAGCAGCAGAGAUCAACAACCCAAAACAAAGCAGUCGUGUCCCAGUGUUCAUUAAGGUUUUGGAUGUGAAUGACAAUGCUCCAGAGUUUGCCAUGUUUUAUGAGACCUUCGUCUGUGAAAAUGCAAAGGCAGAACAGCUGAUACAAACAUUAAGUGCUGUUGAUAAAGAUGACUCUCACAGUGGACAUCAGUUUUCAUUCUCCUUAGCUCCUGAGGCAGCCAGCAGCUCAAACUUUACACUACAGGACAACAGAGACAACACAGCAGGGAUUUUCACACGAAAAAACAGAUAUAACCGGCAUGAAAUGAGUACCUAUUUCUUACCAGUGGUAAUAUCAGACAAUGACUACCCUAUCCAGAGCAGCACUGAAACGGUGACUAUUCGAGUAUGUGCUUGUGACCACCGAGGAAAGAUGCUGUCCUGUAAUGCAGAAGCCUUGAUUCAUCCUACUGGUCUUAGCACUGGGGCUCUUAUUGCCAUUCUUCUCUGUAUCAUUAUAUUACUCGUAACAGUGGUGCUGUUUGCAGCACUGAGACGGCAGCGGAAAAAAGAGCCUUUGAUUAUUUCUAAAGAAGACAUCAGAGACAACAUUGUCAGUUAUAAUGAUGAAGGUGGUGGAGAAGAAGACACCCAGGCAUUUGAUAUCGGCACCCUGAGGAAUCCUGAAGCCAUAGACGAUAAUAAAUUACGCAGAGACAUUGUGCCAGAAACACUUUUUAUGCCACGGCGGACUGCAACAGCACGAGAUAACACGGAUGUCAGAGAUUUCAUUAACCAAAGGUUAAAGGAAAAUGAUACAGAUCCAACAGCACCCCCAUAUGACUCAUUAGCAACCUACGCAUAUGAAGGUAAUGGUUCUGUGGCCGAGUCACUCAGCUCCUUGGAGUCGAUGACUACGGAUGGAGAUCAGGACUACGAUUACCUCAGUGACUGGGGGCCUCGGUUUAAAAAGCUUGCAGAUAUGUAUGGCGCAAUGGACAGCGACAAAGACUCUUAGUACGUUGCCUUUUUUUUUUUUAUUCCUUCCUCAUAUUCAGAAACAGCAUCGAGUUACGUGAAGUGGCUAUUUCUUUCUAUUUCUCCACAGUUGUGUGAAAGGGUGCUCUGUUCUACCCAUUUGAAUUGUCUAAUGACUGCAGUCUGUGUGGAUCAGCCGUCAGAAAGCUUUUUCUAGCAUCAUUUUAUGAGCUUCCAAGAGGCAAAGUUCUUAUUUUUAGUGCAUCCAGUUUACCAAGCCAAUCUUACAAGCACGGCAGUAGUGGAGGGGAAAAAAGGAUCAGAUGGGGGGCAAUAUUUUCACUUUUUCUGCUUAUAUUGUAGAUUGGAGUAUAUUACUGUUUAAGCUCACUUGCUCUUUUUACUUGUAUUCAGACUAUUCAGCUCAGACGACUGCUCUGUCAAUUGUGUGUUGCACAUCCCAAUGUAAUGAGGUACUUUAGCUUACCCUAUGUAUUAUAGUCAAAAGUAGUGGUGAUGGAAUGAAGGUUUAUUAUACAAGUAGAGUAAGCCAAGAAAAACCAUCAAACAUGCAUUUUACUCAUGAGGAGAGUAGAAAGGCCUAAUAGUCAUUUAAAUCUAAGUGUUUUUCUAGAACCCACCAUUGCCCCCAAUGCACUGAAUCAUACUAACACACACAUAUAUAUAGUUCAUUGACUGCUAUGUAUAUAUACUUCUGACCUAGCAUUGCUGGAGAGAUGUGUGUGUGUGCAUGUGUGUGCAGUCAGUAGCCCCAAUAUCUAAUUCUUAGAUGGUUUCCCAGUUCUAACCCAGACUUGCCUUGUGGUAUGGGGAAAGUCACCUAAUCCAUCUCCAGAUUAGAUUAUGACUUGGUGGAAGGAGCAGAUCAUAACUGUGUUUUUCUUGGUACCUUUUCCAGUUCAGUGAUGGCCAGCCACUAUGCUGGGGUGGUGGGAGUCAGGCUUUUCAUAUCCAUCUACUUCUGCCUGUUCUCAUGUGCAGGAGGGGAAUAGUAGCCACAAGGUGACUGCCACCUGUUGCCCAUUAGGGCAAAAGAAGCAAUUGCAAAGGAGGAAAGUGCUUUUAUUUAUCCUGGCCUUCCCUGCCUGGAUGCCUGGGUUGACUUCCCGAUUGACUAUCUGUCCAGUUCUGCUAUCUGUAAAGUGGGGAAGUACUGCCUACCUCAUCAGGAUGUUGCAAGAAUUGCAUAAGUCAUUUGGAAAUGCUUUACAGAUAGAAAAUGCUGGCAUUCUGCCAGAUGAAGUAAUUUCUCAUAUUUUUGGGUGGUUGUUUUUUUCAUGUUUUUGUUGGUUUGUUUGAUUUGGGGGUUUUUCUUUGGUUGUUUUGUUUUCCUCCCAGAUUCAAGUCCUGAAUGCAUAAGAAAACAAGAAUCAUAGAAUCCUUUUGGUUAGAAGAGACCAUCAGGAUCAUCGAGUCCAACCAUAACCUAAACUAACUCUAGCACUAAACCAUAUCCCUAAGAACCUUGUCUAAAUGCCUUUUAAACACCUCCAGGGAUGGGGACUCCAAACUUCCCUGGGCAGCCUGUUCCAAUAACUGAUAACCAUUUUUUCAAUUGUCAUUCCAGUGGCCUGAAAAUAAGGGUUUAUAACUAUAACCCUUUUUGUUUUUAAUAAACUACUCAGCCCACGUUGUUAAGGAUUUCACCAAAAGGCAAAAUUUUAAACACCUGUCUGUCUGUCUGUGUUCAUCUGCUUUGCCAAGCUAAGUAACUUUUGUUCAGGGCUAGAGUGGAGGAAGACACCAUAGUCUCAUGCCAGAAUAGUUUUCUUUACAGUUUGGGCACCACUCAGUAUUUCUGUUGGUUUGUCAAAUGCAUGCAGUUGCUACUCUACAAACCCAGCCAUCUGGGAGAGGUAAUCUGGGUAAAAAUAACGGGCUGCCAUGGGAAAUAUCCAACUCCAGGAGCUAAAAGCAACCCACACUCCCAUAGUAGGUACACAGCCCACGGUACUAUGCCAAGAAAAGAAGGAUUUUUUAAUUUUUUUUUUUUUUAAUAUAUCUCAUACAUAACUCAUUUAAUGUAUUUCAUUUUGAAACAGUAUUUAAUACCAGAAUUACAGGCAUGGAUCUAUUUUUCCCCUCCCCUAAAUAUUAAAUGAUUCAGUCUGAAAACUAAACACCAGCUCCAAUUUAAAAAUAAAGACAGAAGGGAAAAAAUUAAUAAACAGAAAGUUAAAAAGGAUUAAAAAUUAAUCCCUGGAAUUCAUUACUCCUAGAGAGUUAAAGAGAGAAGUAAGAUUCUCAAGUAUUAGACUUUUACAAGCAUGACAACAUCAUUUCAGCUUUUGCAAACUAGCUCACAACUAAGAGGAUGAACCAGCCACGCUGCAGUGCUGUGUGGAACUGGGAAGGACUCCUUCACAGGGGGGAACACCACACAUUUACAGGUUCAGGGCAAGGCAGCUAAUGGCUCGCAGAUGCGUAGCAUGAUAGAUUAGAUGGGGUUUCAGAGUAGAGGACCCCAGAGUUUCAAAGGGAGCUGAACCCCCAGUUUCACUGAUGGAGUCCUCUCACAGUGUUUCAAUCCAGCAGGGCAAGGUGCCCAACCCCAUCGCUUGGUGAGCCUGGGUCUGUCAUUCCCAUUGCAGUGGCAGUUGUGCAACUAGGCACUUUUUAUGUCCUCCUCAAGGCUUUUCUGCAAUUUAAGAUUUUAAGAGUCUUUGAAAAUCUAGCUCUUCAUGUCCUCCUUGAGCAUCCAGAAGGCAACCUGUUUGAAACCUGGCUCUGGCACGCAGGAGGGGCCACAUGGAUUUCAGGUACAUGGAGGAGCAGCAGAUGCUCACCAUCACCUGCCACAGGUCCCUCACUUCGGUCUGCUCUCCUCAUAGAAUCAGCAGAGACAGCUUACCCCUCAGGGGCUCUUCCAAAUUUCUCCCCGCCACACAGCUGUGACUCACCCUUCCCUGCAUGGGGUGCAAAUCGCCUCAAACUCAGAGACAAGUUGGACACCCAAAGCGAGUCAGCGAACUCCCCUUCCCCUCCUGAAGCCCUGAGGAAACAGAUUUUUGUGCAGAGGGGACAGCAGAAGUGGCUAUGAAACCACACAUGUAUUCAGCCCUGAGAACCACCCCCGACUCACAGGGAAGAGGGAGCCACCGUCGCUUGGCUGAAGACAGACAUUGCACCCUGAAAGUGCCGGGCUACAUUGCAGGUCAGCUUGCGUUGGUCACUCCUCAGGAUGGGAUAACAAGGCAGGCGGAUUGCUGAUCUUGUAACUACUUUCCUAUGCUUUCACAGUGAUUUUGUCUGAUUUGGUGAUUGUUAGUAGCAGUCCAAGCUCAAGUUUCUUUUUUUUUUUUCCCUUUGAAUUGAAAGCUGGUUUUAUGUUGUCCAUUGAGUGACACAGUGAAUAAUAGAGUGGCUACUCAUGUCUGUUGUAUAAGUAUAUUAUAUAUAAAAUUAUGUUAUGUCACCACAAAUAAGGUGCCUGAAUAGCAAAUGGAUUCUUACAAGAAAAUUCAAGGCAAACUUGCAUCCAAAUUAUUAUUUAUGCAUCUAGGUUUUAAGGUCUGCUUUUUCCUGCAAAUUAGACAGAUUUAUCAUCUCUCACACAGCAAGAGGAGUUCAAUUUUGUCUUUUCUUCUUGCUUGGCAGUACCACAAAGUGCAAUUUAUAAAAUCAGUACUGCAUAUUAAAUAUUGAAAGUGCCAUAUUGCAGUGAACACAAAAUUUUACAGUAGUAUUUCUUUGCACUUUGUUGCAUGCUGGCAUGCUAGAUGAUAGAAAUGAGUAUUUAACAAUGCUUUCACACAAUGUUAAAAUUGUCAUUUAUAGAUAAAAAAUGCUAGACUAUAAGAUAUGAGGUGAGUUUUAAGGCUGUUUUAAGCCUGGUCUUCUUACAACCACACCUAUUUGAGAAGAAAAAAAUAUUAUUAGGAUGUUUAGCUAAUUCAGGUAGAGAAAUGAGCAAUGCAGUUGGCUUUUAAUUUGGAAAAGCAUCUGAUCUAGCAACAGGGGAUGUGUUAAAAGAUACCAAGGAAUUCAGUGGAGUUUUAACAUGAAACACAGGCAUGUUUAUAUGGGAGAGUUUUCGAGUCUUGCUGCUGUAGAAUAACAUCUCUACACUUUAAAUUGAAUAAGGUUUCUAGUAUAGCCAUUUCAUCCCGACUCCAGAAGCAGCUACUUUAUUCCAGAAAAAUGUUUGGUUUUUUACUCCAAAAGAAUUACUAUUUCAGGUUAAAACUAAUUCUUUCCUGAGGCAGCACAAGUACGGGGAGACACAAGAGCACAUGUCUCCAAUGCCGUUGUGUCAGGACGUGUCUUUGUGCAGACAAGGGCUUGGAAGAGAGCUGAUGCAGAAACUUGGAGCAAGUUCUGGACAAGGGAAUUUAGGGGUUUCCACAGGACUCUACUAACAGCACCACAGGACUGGGAUGUGUCCCUAAACCUGACAUACACAGAGAUAUAUCUAACCAUGAGAAAAACAAGUUGUGUUUUUCAGUUACUGCUGGGAAACAUUCUGAGUAGAAGAACACUCCACCUGUACCAACACCAAUAUUUUCUAAAUUUAUCCUAAGAAACAGAUACAUUUUUCUCGUUUUUAUUAUGUUCGUUGUCUUAAUUCAUUCUAUUGACAAGCAUUUCCAGCUGUUGAAUGUGAAUGGGAGAGGCAACCUUCAAAUGAUCCUGGUUUGGAAGUAGCAAGCUACAGUACAAGGCACAACAUUCCCAUUUCUCUGUCACAAAAUAAACAAAAAAAUCCCACAAAAAACAACUAAGUGAAUAAACGUAGUACCAUAAAAAGCAGAACAGUCACAAAGAAGUAGAACAGGGAGAAAUGGCUUUGGCAAGAUGUGUCUGCACAUGUACAGAAUGAAUAAAAAGAAGGGAAAUAAUAAACAUUGGAAGCUGGCCACAUUUCAAAACCAUACAUAUCCAUGUUCAGCAGGGCCAACAGUGCACAGUUAUUUCUAACACUUUCAGGAUUCCUAUAGCAGCCAGAAGGAGAUUUGUAUGGAUAGGGAACAAGACAUCAUCUUUUUCAGUCCAAGCAAAUUAAAUGCAUGCCAUUUCUCUGCAGAUCUCUAGGAAAGAAAGUUGCUUUAGCAUGAUUAUUGUUAAAACAUGUUAAAUUUCUGUGGCAGAUCUAUCCUGGUGGCCUUCUGCAGGGUGAAUUAUGGACAGCGUUUCUAAGCAGGUAGCUCUCUGAACACCACCAUGUUAGCUCUUCCUGCCACCAUCUGUUUUAAAUAUCUCCAUGUUUCUGUUGGUUAUGAGUAGAAUUGAAGUGUUUCAGAAGACCACUGUCCCAGCUGGAUGCUGCCAUCCCCUACCCAUUUGUGUUUCAAUUAACACUGCCAUCUGAGCUCUCUUGUCAUAUGAGAGCUGACAAAUUAAGAGUCAUUACGCUACUUCUAAUGAGUAUGAGCUAUGUCAUCAGUUGUGAAAGGCAGGGUUUUUUUCAACCCCUCUGGACGCGUGAAACAGCAGCCUCCUCCAAUAAAUGUCAAAAGCCACGAUGUUUUUGAAUUUCAUUUUAGUCUUCAGAAUGACUUGUUUUUUUCAAGCUUGUUUCUGUACUUAAAGAAGAGGAACAAAAGCAUAUUUAAUGGCCACAGCCUCAUGCAUUGCUUCAGAAGGAAGGGAAAAAUACAUCAGCCCACACAAUGUUUUAAUGCCAGUCUCUCCCCACAGUGGUUUUAUUCAGGUACAGUUGGACCAAUCUUGAUCCUGCCCAUUGUUUUGUAAUACUACACUGGAUUUGUCAUAGCCUAAACACUUUACCAAACAGUUGAUAAAAUUCCGUUGUAGGUAUCCGAAAGCCAUGGCUGGCAUUAGAGAGAGUAAAAGAGUCAGAGAACUGGGAGUUUCAGGAAAAAAAACACAAAAAGUGAAUUUUACAGGGGGCACAAGGAGAGGUAAUUAGUCAUGUGCAAGGCAGGCCCAUGGCACUUAAAAGCCACAAAGUUGUCAUAUUACGCAUAGAGUUACUGGAUUUCAAAGGAGUUUUUACAGAAUCUGCUCUUUCUUUUCCUGCAUGUGUCUUUUGCUGCUAACUUCAAAUUUCUCCUUCCACAAAGCUGGUUUGGCAAUGCAUAAGUCCAGCAUACAGAGAAAUCCUUUCCACUCCCAUGGGCUUUUGACCUUCCCUAUGAGACUGCACUAUUUGUGUAAAUAUACCUGGAGACACUUUCUAUAAGCUUUUAGUUUUCUAUGAUCUAUUACUUUAGUGUUUAUUAAAGAAACAAAUGUAUAGAAUUAUUAAGCAUUCAGGUGAACACAACAAAGAAAGAACACUGCAAACACAAUUUUUUUCUGGAUUUUGACACACAAAAGAACUCGACAGAAUCACUGUACUGUUUUAAAUCUGUGAUUACUUUCAAUGCUUUGAAAAAUUAAACUUAAAAGAAUGGCCUUAUAAUAAAUGCUAUGUGCAUCUUAACUGUGUUACUGAGCAAAAUCAAUCUGGCAAACUCCUAUUGCAAUUUGUGAUUUUUAAACCCUUAAAAUAAAUGCUUCUCAGUAUUGAUUUUUUUUUAAUUAAAAAUACUUCCAAGCAUAAAUUGAAACUGAUGCUGCCACCUGGGAAGAUUUACUUGCUGGCAUGCUCCAGCCACACAGUCUCUUGCGAUGUCACCCCCUGGUUGUGCCAAGGGACCCUCAGCAUUGGAUGGAUCUGGUCGUUGCUCAGCACAGACGGAUGUUCGCAGGUGAUAACAUUUUGGUCACCCAAGAGAUUUGCAUCUAGAAGCUUCCCUGUGUUGCAGAGGGACCCAUGCUGGAAUGAUUAUCUCUUCUGCAACGUGGAUGGGCAGUUUGUGAUGGUCAGAUGGCAAGAGUGCACUCUCUCCCUUAUAUUUCCUGUUCACUGUACUGGCUUCUUUUUGGGGGGUGGGGGACAGGGGGAAAUGAAACUAAAGGAUUUAAUGAGAAACCAAUUUGAACAACAAUUUCUCACGGACAGAGUAAAUUUGCCUUUUUGCAAAUUGAUUUUUGUAACAAGUUAUUUAUAUGAUACUACUUAAUAAAUUGUUUUUUUCUAA